UGGACGAGCUCGCGUGCACUGUGCCCACCGCUCCCACCUCUUUCCUUCCUUUUUUUGCUUUUGGCUGCGCCCAGCGUUCGGGCCGCGGGAUACGAGACAUGCCCCACGGUGAAGCCGAACAUGCUCAAUGUGCACCUGCUGGCCCACACACACGAUGACGUGGGCUGGCUCAAGACCGUGGACCAGUACUUUUAUGGCAUCCACAAUAGAAUCCAACACGCAGGUGUUCAGUACAUCCUAGACUCUGUCAUCUCUUCCCUGCUGGCGGAGCCCACCCGUCGCUUCGUCUACGUGGAGAUGGCCUUCUUCUCCCGUUGGUGGCAUCAACAGACAAAUGCAACACAGGAUGUUGUGCGGGACCUGGUGCGCCAGGGGCGCCUGGAGUUUGCCAACGGUGGCUGGGUGAUGAAUGACGAGGCGGCCACCCACUACGGAGCCAUCAUAGACCAGAUGACACUAGGGCUCCGCUUCCUUGAGGACACGUUUGGCAACGACGGGCGCCCCCGUGUGGCCUGGCACAUCGACCCCUUUGGCCAUUCUCGGGAGCAGGCCUCACUGUUUGCGCAGAUGGGCUUUGACGGCUUCUUCUUCGGGCGCCUGGAUUACCAAGAUAAAUCGGUGCGGAAGAUGAAGCUUGAGAUGGAGCAGGUCUGGCGGGGCAGUGCCAGCCUGAAGCCCCCCACCGCUGACCUCUUCACCAGUGUGCUCCCCAACAAUUACAACCCACCGGAGAACCUGUGCUGGGACGUCGUGUGUGCUGACAAACCCAUCGUGGAUGACCGCCGCAGCCCUGAGUACAACGCCGAAGAACUGGUCGAUUACUUCCUAAAGUUAGCCAAAGACCAGGGCCAGUUCUACCGCACCAACCACACUGUGAUGACCAUGGGUUCGGACUUCCAAUAUGAGAAUGCCAACAUGUGGUUCAAGAACCUUGACAAGCUCAUCCAGCUGGUCAAUGCCCAGCAGCAGGCCAAUGGGAGCCGUGUCAAUGUUCUCUACUCCACUCCGGCCUGUUACCUCUGGGAGCUGAACAAGGCCAACCUCACCUGGUCGGUGAAACAGGAUGACUUCUUCCCCUAUGCCGAUGGCCCCCACAUGUUCUGGACUGGCUACUUCACCAGCCGGCCGGCCCUCAAACGCUACGAGCGCCUCAGCUAUAACUUCCUGCAGGUGUGCAACCAGCUGGAGGCAUUGGCAGGUCCAGCGGCCAACAUGGGACCCUAUGGCUCUGGAGACAGUGCACCCCUCAAUGAGGCAAUGGCUGUGCUCCAGCACCACGAUGCCGUCAGUGGGACCUCCAAGCAGCAUGUGGCCAAUGACUACGCUCGCCAGCUGGCCGCAGGCUGGGAGCCCUGUGAGACCACACAGGGGCUUGGAUCACCCAGGGUCGUGGCAGUGCAUCGUGGCUGGGUUUGGAGAAGGCCUGCUGUGACUCAUGCGCACCCCGAUCUCCCUCCCCAGUUCCAGGUGACCGUUUAUAACCCUUUGGGGCGGAAAGUAAAUUGGAUGGUGCGGCUCCCAGUCAGCAAACACAUUUUCCUUGUGAAGGAUCCCAGUGGUGCAGUUGUGCCCAGCGAUGUGGUGACAAUGCCCAGCUCAGAUGUACAGGAGCUGCUUUUCUCAGCCUCAGUGCCUGCCCUUGGCUUCAGCAUCUACUCAGUAACCCAGGUACCUGGCAGGAGCCCACGGGCUGACCGCCCUGAGCCCAGAUUCCAGAAGUCCUUAUCUUGGAUCAAGUCCUCAUCUCGGGUCAAGCCCUCGUCCCGUGUCUUGACCAUCCAAAAUGAGUACAUCUCGGCCAGCUUCGACCCUGACACGGGGCUCUUGGUGGAGAUGAAGAACCUGGAGCAGCACCUCCUGCUGCCUGUUCGCCAAGCCUUCUACUGGUACAACGCCAGUACAGGAAACAAUCUAAGCUCCCAGGCCUCAGGUGCCUACAUCUUCAGACCCAACCGACAGAAACCUCUGUUCAUCAGCCGUUGGGCUCAAACCCGCCUGGUGAAGACGGCCUUGGUGCAGGAGGUGCACCAGAACUUCUCAGCCUGGUGUUCCCAGGUGGUUCGCCUGUACCCGGGACAGCGGCACCUGGAGCUGGAGUGGACGGUGGGACCAAUACCCGUGGGUGAUGGCUGGGGGAAGGAAGUCAUCAGUCGUUUUGACACUGCGCUUGAGACAAAGGGACUCUUCUUCACCGACAGCAAUGGCCGGGAGAUCCUGGAGAGGAGGCGGGAUUAUCGUCCCACCUGGGAGCUGAACCAGACGGAGCCAGUGGCCGGAAACUACUAUCCAGUCAACACCCGAAUUUACAUUACGGAUGGGAACAUGCAGCUGACAGUGCUGACCGACCGCUCCCAGGGGGGCAGCAGCCUGAGCGAUGGCUCCAUAGAGCUCAUGGUGCACCGAAGGCUGCUGAGAGACGACGAUCGCGGAGUUGGGGAGCCACUGCUAGAGACAUCGGAGUCGGGGUUGUGGGUACGAGGGCGGCACCUCGUGCUGCUGGACAAGGCCCGGACCGCGGCCGUAGGGCACCGGUUGCAGGCGGAGAAGGAGCUCUUGGCCCCGCAGCUUGUGCUGGCCAGGGGCAGCGGCACCCCCUACCACUUGGAGGUCGCCCCGCGCAAGCAGGUGAGGGGUGGCGGGCCGGCAGAAAGAGAGGAGCUGGAGGAACUGCCGCCCAAUGUGCACCUGCUCACACUAGCCCGCUGGGGCCGGGAAAUGCUGCUGCUGCGCCUGGAGCACCAGUUCGCUCUAGGGGAGGACAUGGUCGGCAACCUGAGCUCUCCAGUUACCUUGGACUUGAGGGACCUGUUCUCUGCCUUCACCAUCACCGACCUUAAGGAGACCACGCUGGCUGCCAACCAGCUCCGGGCCAAGGCCUCCAGGCUCCAGUGGACACCAAAUACGGGCCCCACACUCAAGCCCUCUCCCUCCCGGCUGGACCCUGCCAGCAUCACACUGCAGCCCAUGGAAAUCCGCACCUUCCUGGCCUCUGUCCAAUGGGAAGAGGAAGGCUAGACCUGCUGGGGGCGCUGCCCCCUUUCCAGCUGAGCCCCCUCCUGCAGGGGACAGGCCAACUUCCCCUUCUCUUCUUGCUGCUGUUACACCAGUGAAAGCCAUUAAAAUGCCACUACCAAGCCUUG